AGAGGCAGACAGGAACAAACAGAUGCGGCCAUGAAAUGUUCAAACACUUUAGCUCAAACACUCAUCUGAUGUGGAGUAAACAGACCUAAAUCUGAACUCAGAAUGAAGACCCUCCUCAUCUUCACCUUCUACCUGAGCUCAGUGACAGGAGACUCCACCAAUGAAGUGACAGCAUAUUCAGGAGGAGGAAUCAAGAUCAAAUGCAAAUAUGAGGAUGGACAUGAAAAAAACAACAAAUAUUUCUGCAAGGGUGAAAGUACACCAUGUGCUGACCAAAUUAAAACAGGAGCCAAACACACAUGGGUGCAUGAAGGCAGAUUCUGUCUGUAUGAUGAUACCAAUGCUAAAGUCUUCUGGGUGGUCAUGAGAAACCUCACAGUGGAGGACUCUGGAACCUACCAGUGUGGAGUGGAUAUAGAGAGAUGGACAGACACAUACAGACCAGUGAAACUGAAGGUGAAGGCAGAUCCACAAGUGUCAUCAGCAGCAGCAACAAUAACAACAGCACCAUUGUCAUCAUCAUCAUCAAGAUUUCCAUCUUCCACUGUGAUCAGUGUUGUGUGUGUGAUUCUGGUUCUGCUUCUGAUGGGAACCUCAUUCCUCAUAGUGACUCUCAGAAAGAGAAGCAGGAAGGAGCAGGAAUCAGCAUCAUCCAAGCGCCAGUCCCUCCAAGACUCCUCACACAUCCACGGGGUUCCACUUUCUGUCUGUGACAAUGAGAUUAAAGACACCAGAAGCCAUUCUGACUCAGAUACUGGAGCUCCUACAGUCUACUCUACUGUCCACCUACCCACAAACCUCUCUGAUCCCUCCCUAACUGUUUAUGCCCAAGCCCAGUUACCCACAAACCCCUGUGAUUUUACACACACUGUUUCGGCUAAUGCUAUAAUUCUCUCUGAGAAUUUCUCAGUGUGUGACGCACAGCAGUCAGCAAGGAUGUCUGAUGAACCUCUAAUUUAUACAACAGUGAAGUUUUAUAAGAAUGCAGAUGGUUAUAAUGAUGCUGUCAAGGAGACCUUCAAGAUGGAGGAGGACACAUGAAUAUUCUCCUGUCAAACAUAUCACUGGAUGAGGCUAGUUUAGCAGUUUAUGCUUUUAUUUACAUUCAUUUUACCAAACAUAGAUUGUAUAACUUUCCCUUUCUCUCAAAGGAUCUUCCACUUGUAAAUGUUCAUUUGGGCAGGUGUUUGUUUUCUCAUGUUUAGCUUACUUCAAAAUGUAAAAUGCUGGUGUUCCUUAAAUAGAGGGAUUUUACAUGCUGUAAUGGAAGAGAAGGCAACACCUCUUUUGUUUUAUUGUGUUCUAACAAGCCCUCUAUUGUUUUGUGUUCAUUCUAUGAGUAAAUGAUAAAGCACUUGUGUAAGAUGCUCUGGAUGCCAAAUGCUGUAAAUAGAAAUGUGUUCAAUCUACUUGGGAGUAUUUUACUACAACUUUGCUUAUACCCAUAAACCUCUCAACACCUAUUUGCUGAAAGGUUUAAAGCUCUCUCUCUCUCUCUCUCUCUCUCUCUCUCUCU